AUGGCUGAACAAGAGCAAGAAAGCGCCCGAGUUAGAGCUGAACUAGACGAAAUCAAAGGAGGCAUGUCCCAGAUGCGAGAGAUGCUGCAAGCUUUAACCUUCAGGUUUGAGGUUCCACAAGCGACCGUUAUUUCAGAGACCACGGGCCCAACAGUGGAAGUCCCACCUCAAAGGACGUUACCCUCAACCCUUCCUCCAUAUGGGCUACCUUAUGACUUCGUCCCCCGAGCGGAGGUGGUGCACGACAUGGGGCAACCUGUCCAACAAGCCGUGCCAUUACCGGUUUACACUGAGGCACGUUCAGUCAUCCAUACUGUGGUUCCACCAGCCGCCUAUGCUAGGCAUGUUCCUCAUUAUGAAGAUCAAAACCACAUGUAUCAGACUGUCGACUCAACCGUUGCUGGUGACAAAGUAAGGUUUGAGGAUUUCAAAGAAGUAAAGGAGAACAUGCAGCUCCUUGAGAAGAAGUUCCGGGAUUUAGAGGGUGACCACGUCUUUGGAUCUGCUGCCAAAGAAAUGUGCCUUGUAUCCGGGUUGGUGAUUCCAGCAAAAUUCAAAACCCCGGACUUCGACAAAUACAAGGGGCAUACUUGUCCAAAGAGCCAUCUCAUCAUGUAUUAUCGAAAAAUGGCUGCACACGUGGAAGAUGACAAGCUGAUGAUCCAUUGCUUUCAAGAUAGUUUGAGUGGGGCUCCUUCCAUGUGGUAUUUGAGUCUGGAUCAGAAUAGGAUCAGGUGUUUCCAAGACCUGUCAGAUGCGUUCAUAAAACACUACAAGUAUAACAUGGAUAUGACGCCUGACAGAAGACAGCUGCAGAGCAUGUUCCAACAUGAUAAGGAGUCCUUCAAGGAGAAUGGAAAACUGGCGGCUGUAGCUGGAACUUCAAAUGCUAAUCCAAAGAAGUUCUCUGGAGGGUUUCCUAGAAAGAAGGAAGGGGAAACAAAUGUUGUGACUGUUGGUCAGGGAAGAGCUCCUCCAAGAAGGAGACCACAACAGUACCCACCUCAGCAAUAUGUUCAACAACCAGUUCCCUAUCAGCAACCCAUGUAUCCCGUCCAGUAUGCUCCGCAACCAUACGUGGCUGCCGUUACGCCCGCAUUCAAUCAACAACCUGCUCAGGCUUAUCAAGCGCCUCCAGCUUAUCGACCAGCUCCAGUUCAACAACGUGUUGCGGCUCCGCCAGCUUAUCAACAAGCACCAGCAGCUCCUGUUUAUCAACAACUGAGAGCUCAAGCGCCGAGGCAGAAUGCUCAAAACCAAAAUAGGAGACAAGGGGAAAGGGCGACCUUCAAUCCAAUCCCAAUGUCAUACACUGAGUUGUAUCCCUCCCUAUUGCAAAAGGGGUUGGUGGUUCCCAAACCUUUGGGACCUCUACCUGAUCGUCUUCCUCCAUGGUACAACCCUAAUGCACACUGUCCUUUUCAUGAGGGUGCCCCCGGGCAUGACCUAGAGGGUUGCUAUGCUCUAAAGCAUAGGGUUCGUGAGCUAAUUGAAAGUAAGAUCUUGUCUUUUAAGGACAUGGGACCGAAUGUGAAGAACAAUCCUCUUCCUCCCCAUGGAGAUCCUGCGGUGAACGCCAUUGAAGAUGCAUCUACUGUUGUUAUGGUUGAGAAGGUGGAGGAUGUUAAGACCCCUUUGGCAGCAUUCCAUGCCCGAUUGGUGGAAGCCGGCCUGGUUAAUGUUGAUCAUGACAACUGUGAAGAGUGUGCCACAUACCCGAAGGGAUGUCAGGUGGUACGAGACAACAUUCAAGAUCUGAUGGAUAAAGGAGUGCUUCAAAUAUCCAGUGUUGUGAAGAACGAAGACGUGUUGGUAAUUGAACCUUGUUUCAAUUUACCCGAACCAGUGGAAAUCCCUUACUAUAGCAGAAGGGUGGCGCCUGAGAAUAGUCAUCCGUCGCCUGUUGAAAUAUGUAUGCCCGCACCUUUUCCGUAUGAGAGCACCAAGGCAGUGCCUUGGAAAUAUGAGAUUACUGUUGUGGAUAAGGUAGUUGAUGAAAGUUCAGACGCUGAAGUGACAGAAGCUGUAAGUGAAGACGUCACCAAUAUUGCAGGAAUGAGCAGAAUGACCCGUAGUGGUCGAAUCUAUACGCCCGAAUUCAACGUGACUCCUCAGGGGCCAAACAAGGAAUCAACAGUUGCAGCUCCCACUAAAGAACCAGAAGUGGUCCAAUCCGAAGAUGCUGUUGAAUUCUUGAAGUUAAUCAAGAGAAGUGACUACAAAGUGGUGGAUCAACUACAUCAAACACCAUCUAAGAUCUCUAUUCUGUCUCUGUUAUUGAGCUCCCAAGCCCAUAGGGAAGCUUUGUUGAAGGUGCUUGCUCAAGCUCAUGUAACACAAAGCAUAACAGUAGACCAAUUUGAUGGAGUAGUUGCAAAUAUCACAGCCUGCAAUACUUUGAGCUUCAGUGGAGAAGAAUUACCUGAGGAUGGACAAAAUCACAACCAUGCUCCCCAUAUCUUGGUGAAAUGCAAAGAUGAUGCUUUGGCGAGAGUGUUGGUUGAUACUGGAUCUUCGCUGAAUGUCAUGCCAAAGAGAACACUCGCCAAAUUAUCUUAUCAAGGACCAGCUAUGAAGCCUAGUGCCUUGGUAGUGAAAGCUUUUGAUGGGGAAGUUACCUCCACCUUGCAUCAGAAAAUGAAGUUUGUAGUGGACAAUCAAUUAAUCAUCAUUUCUGGAGAGGAGGACUUUGUGGACCCUGUUGGGAAAGCUUGUUCAUCCUUCGCGUCUCUGAAAAGCGCAAAGUCUAGUAUUGAAGGAGGAAACCCUGAAGGUUGGGGUCAGCUUAUCGAUAUUCGUGAGAAGCAUGAUCGCUUUGGUCUAGGAUAUGUGCCUUCCGCUGCGAAAGGAGCCCGCGUCCCUACAAAGGACAACACCCGAAGCAUCCAGGAACUUCUCGGUCCUGAAUAUGAACUCUUGAAGAAGAAGUAUCUGGAUGAAUCUUCUGAGAGAAAACGACUUCACAAGUGCAAUACGAUUGUCUUCACGACGUUUCAUAUCCACAUGGCUACGUUCACGCUUCAUUUUCUACUACCUGCUGAUUCAUCUGCUGCUGAAGGUCCAUACAAGAUAUUCUUGUGUCUGGAACACGGGUUUCUGCCAGUUUUAGUUGCCCAAGAAGAACCGCCUUAG